AUGGGUCGCCGUCCUGCCAAGUGCUACCGCUUCCAGAACAAGAAGCCGUUCAUCAAGUCGCGCUACUGCCGAGGUGUGCCCGACCCGAAGAUCCGGAUCUACGAUGUCGGUAACAAGAAGGCGUCGGUCGAUGCUUUCCCGUUCGUGUGCCACUUGGUGUCGGACGAAAAGGAACAGCUCUCGUCGGAAGCCCUCGAGGCCGCCCGCAUUUCGGCCAACCGCUACCUCACCAAGUUCUGCGGCAAGGACAACUUUCACAUGCGCAUCCGUUGCCACCCGUUCCAGGUCCUCCGUAUCAACAAGAUGCUUUCGUGUGCCGGUGCCGAUCGUCUCCAGACUGGAAUGCGUCACGCGUACGGCAAGCCCACGGGUGUUGCCGCUCGCGUCGCUAUCGGCCAGCCCAUUAUCUCGGUGCGCUCGAAGGACUCGUUCGGUCCCGCAGUCAUCGAGGCCCUUCGUCGUGCCAAGUUCAAGUUCCCUGGUCGCCAGAAGGUUCUCGGCUCGAAGAAGUGGGGCUUCACCAAGUACGAGCGCGACGUGUACGCCAAGAUGCGCCAGGAAGGCACACUUGCCGUCGACGGCAACCACGAAAUCUACCGCCCGUCGCACGGUCGUCUUUGA